GCGAAAUGCAAUUAAAACCUUUUUCAAAUUUCCAACUUCAAAACUCGUUCAUAAAGGGGAAGUCUCAAGCCACGCGCUUUUUUAUUGAGAAGAUUAUGAAUUGAAAUACCCCAAAUAACUGACUUCCUUGAGUGCGUUUCACACCACACAGAAAAUUUGCAACAACUUGAGUCUUUACCCAAUUUUAAUCAUAAACUUCUUGUUAGGUACUUAAACUCAGCUUUGUUUGUUUUCUACAAUAUAACUCAUAAUAAUAUACCUAUAUUUCAGAAUUAAAUGAAAACAUCCUGCAGGUUCUCUAUGAAGUCCGGGAACAGAAUUCCCAAAUAAUGAAUAUACUGCAGGAAAAAUUUUCAAAACCAACCGGAGAAAUACCAAAGCUUCCUGUGGAAUUACCUCUCAAUAAAUUGGGGGAUUUAACCCUGUUGGAAAACUUUUUAAGGGGUUGUGAAAAUAACCUGUCCAGUCUGGUGCUUUACUUGACCACUAUUGGAGGAAAAGACCCCACAUCCAAGACCAACAGAAUCCUGAAAUUUUUUAUCACUGAUGAGUUGGCCAGCUAUUUCAGCUAUUUGGGAAAACGGAAUAAACGACCUUUCUGUGGACUUCAUUUGAAUGAUGUUAUUAUUCGGGCUGUAAAAAAGUCUGUCGGUAACAUAUCCAGUGCUGACGUGGAGGAAGUUAUUAAAAUCUGGCUCAAACACGCUCCUCAACGUUGUGCCAAAAAGAAAUAAAUUCAUAUACAUGUAUUGUGCAUCUUGCACACUUGGAACAAACCCAAAAUUAUAAGACUAUGCAAGACAAUACCCUUAGAGAUUUCAAACUUCUCACGUGCGGUAAUAACACUUUGAAAAUGUUUGGACCCAUGUAUUACAAGUUUACAACGAAUCAGUAACGAUCACAUCUAUAACUCAGUGUUCCUUUUUAGCUGUUACCGGAAGAAUUUAUUUCACUCCAGGGAGAAAGCACCCAAUAAUGAUUCUGGAUAAUUUUGAAUACAAAUUACAAUACCGCACCGACGCCAAAAGUAUCUGGAGAUGCACCCAAGCUGGUGGUAAUUAUUUAUGCAAAGCCAAGUUUAUGUCAUUUGGUAAAACGAUUCGGAUCAAAUCGGUGGCACAUAGCCAUGGACCGACUUUUCACGGCGAUCAUCGUACAUUGAGGUCUCAAGCUGUUACUGUGGAGUUUGGUGACUUUAAAAGCCUUCCUACGGCUCUCAAGAAAUAAUUGUUGACACAUUGUAUAUAAAUGGGAAUAUUCGGGAAGUGGGAAACAUAAUUUGUCUUAAUUCUAUAAAUAUUCGUUAAUAUAUUUUUCCGAAAAUAGAUUUAAAAAAAUUGAUAACAUUUUUAAAAGAGAAGGUCAAUAUAUCCUUUCACUUAGUCGUGGCCAGGGAAUGGAAGGUGACUGUAAGAAAAUGUCAUUUCAACAAUUUUUGAUAUAAUUUUAUUUUCGAAUUUCAAUCCCUAAUAAAAUAUUCCAUGGCAUCCUUAACUGAUUUGUGAAUAAAUUUAAUAAGGUUAUCUCGAAAUUUUAAUAAGUUGAUUAAAAUGAUCUAUGCCCUUGGAUAAUUUUCACUUUUCGGAAAAAUUCUACCUAUGUUUACCUGGUAGGAAAUAGUAUAUUAAAAUACAAGUUGCAGAAGGC